GACAGUUUACCUUGUGUUCAAUUUCAAUCCACUUAUCAGUCUCAAAUGUUUAGAAACAUGGCUCAAAUCGAUAUUAAACUCGGAGUGCAAUCAAUACUGUUACGAGUGAAUGAGGCAUUUGCUACCAGAAAUGGGGCAAUCAAAACGAAAAAGCCAAUUCUGGUAGCAGUCAGCAAAACAAAACCAGCCGAAGCGAUACUCGAAGCAUACGAAACGGGCCAGAGAGAUUUCGGCGAAAAUUAUGUGAAUGAGCUGAAAGAGAAGGGAGCCAAUCCGACGAUACUGGAGAAUUGCAAAAACAUUCGCUGGCACUUCAUCGGACACUUACAGUCGAGUAAUGUGAAUAAAGUUCUCAAAACGCCGGGUAUUUACAUGAUCGAAACAAUCGACAGCGAGAAGCUGGCGACAACGGUCAACAAUUCGUGGGAGAAAAUCACCCAGCCAAAUAAGGAGCCGUUGAAGGUGCUCGUUCAAGUGAACACUAGCAGUGAAGACGCGAAAAAUGGCGUUGAUCCGUCAAAUGUGGUGCCGCUGUGCAAGUACAUCCGUGAUACGUGCACCAAUUUGCGAUUGGAGGGUCUGAUGACAAUUGGAAAAUUCGGUCACGAUUACACCACCGGACCGAAUCCGGAUUUCGUCAGUUUGAUGAAGUGUCACAGUGAUGUGUGCCAAGCAUUCGGUUUGAAUGAGGCUGAUGUCGAGGUUUCGAUGGGAAUGUCCGACGAUUUCGAUGAGGCGAUCAAAAUGGGUAGCACAAUUGUACGCGUCGGCAGUUCAAUAUUUGGAUACAGACAGAAGAAGGAGAACUGAAAAUGGCGUCGGGUAAACUGACGAAUUUGUGAUAAAUUGGCCAAGGAAUUUGCUUGUUAUAAUCAUCGAUCUACUGAGCAGUCCACGCUGAAAUUGGCUUUGUGUGUUGGUGAUGCGGUUACAAUAAAAUGUUUGUUUCGUUA